CAUAAUAGUUGGCCGUCAUAUACCAAAUCUGUGAUACUUAAAUGCGCUCGCAUCUUUAUUAGGUACAAUAUAAUAUCCCACAACCGACUAAUAACAUUCCGGAGAAUCUGUUAUGUAUAUUUAUCUUUAUUAUCAGGAAGUGGCAACACACGUUUAAUUUAACAUUUUUUUAUCAGUGGGCGCUUCCAAUUGGGUCAACUCGUAUGUGAGAUCAGUAGUAUCUCGGAAGCUGCAAGGUGUUUAAGUGAAAUACUUCAAAAAAAUGUAUUCUAAUCAAGAAAGUGUGAUCAGUGAACGAUUAGUGCGGGAAAAAAAGUUCCGAAAAAUUAUUGUUCGGAUCACGUAUGUUUCCGUUACAGCGGUUUCCAAAGAAGAAGCAGAAGAACAUAACAACCACCAUCACCAUGGUAAGAUGCCUUACAACGGCUACAGUGAUGAGUUCCUAGACCGACUGGAACCCAAUGGUAACAUACCAGCGGGAAAAGGUGAUAUUAGAUAUGAAUGGAACAACGUGUCAGGACACGACAGGGUUAAGCGUCAAUUGUCAGUGUCGAGUGACAGCAAGUUAUUGGAUGACGACAUCCGAGAGGAGACGAAAGUGAUCCUAAGGCCGCGAAAACCGCCGAGACCCAAGUCGGAGGUGCUGCUCAACCAACAAGCCGGUGAUAGUCGAAGGACGAAGAGGUACUCGGCCUUUGGGGGUGACUCGCCGUUCGGUAAAUCCGAAGCCUACAUUAAGUUAGAACAAUUAGGAGAGGGAUCAUAUGCUACUGUGUACAAAGGAUUUAGCAAUUUACAAAACCAAGUAGUAGCAUUAAAAGAAAUUAGACUGCAAGAAGAAGAGGGCGCUCCCUUCACGGCCAUCAGGGAGGCGUCUCUGCUCAAAGAACUGAAACAUGCGAACAUUGUGACGCUCCACGACAUCGUGCACACUAAAGAGACGUUGACCUUUGUGUUUGAAUAUGUGCAUACCGAUCUGUCUCAAUACUUGGAGAGGCACAGCGGCGGGCUGAAUCCCCGCAACGUGCGACUCUUCCUCUUCCAACUUCUGCGAGGACUAAGUUACUGCCACAAGCGCCUGGUGCUGCACCGGGACGUAAAACCUCAAAACCUUCUCAUCUCCGAGUUAGGGGAACUGAAAUUGGCCGACUUUGGACUUGCGCGGGCCAAGAGUGUUCCUAGUCAUACCUACAGCCACGAAGUAGUAACGUUAUGGUAUAGACCUCCAGACGUGUUACUCGGCUCGACGGAAUACUCUACCAGCCUGGAUAUGUGGGGCGUGGGUUGCAUUUUCGUGGAAAUGAUCACCGGAAUGGCGAUCUUUCCCGGGGUACGGGACACUUACGACCAAUUAGAUAAAAUUUUUAAGGUGCUAGGAACUCCGACCGAAGAAGACUGGGCCGGUUGCACCCGGCUUCCGGGGUACAAUACACAAAAGUUAGGAAACUACAAGCCGAGACGAUUGGGAUUGUGCUGGCCGAGGCUUUACGACGUCCUUUAUGGUGAGGCCAUGGCGACGGCCCUUUUGCAACUCGAUCCGUUAAAGAGGCUGGGCGCUGAAGAGGCCAUGCAACAUAAAUAUUUUGAGGGGUUACCAACGAAACUUUUUGAACUGCCAGACGACGCUUCAAUACUAACGGUAGAAGGUGUGCACCUCCAUCCAGAAGAAUUUACGGUGAUUAAAUGAGAAUCAAGGCAGCGGUGCCGGUUCGGCCGCGAAACUAAAAACGACAAGAAGCAGAAGAAUAAGCAAUGACGUCACGUCAGUCCCCUAAAAUAGUUUGUACAAUCUCCUAUCUCCCGUUAUUCCAUUGGUCUCUCUUUGAAGAGUUUAGUUUAAGUGGAAUAUUUUUUUAAAUGCGCCAUUGUUACUUUAUUAUAUUAUGAUUAUUUUAUAAUUUGUAGUGCGUCGAAAGUAAAAAAGACUGGAAAUACGCAGGUCUAUACGGGGUGAGUCAGCGAGUACGCGAAGUAGUUAAUAUUUGCCGAUAACGUGCUACUGGACUAAAAUUGGAUAGUUAGAGAUAUAUAUAUACCGGGUAAAACUUAUUAAUUUAAUUAGAAUACCCUAUAUUUAAAGUAUAAGUCCAGGUCUUUUUUCUUAUAUACGAGAAUUGUUUGAAAGUUAAGGUCUUCAAUGUGUUUUCAUCUGGUAAACAUCUUUUUAUUGCAAAACCAAGAUGCCGAAAGCUUUGUUUUUAGUUAUUUUUGUACGUGGGUCGCCUCAUGGUCAUUACACUUUUGGAGUCGUUCUAGAAGCUUUUGUAUAUUCACGUUGUACCAUUCUCCUGCUGGUCCGUGCAGGAAGAAAUCGAUAGCUACCUUUACCUCUUCGUCACUUAAGCAUUUCAUUCAUUUCCCCGUAGUGGUAUUUUAAGGUGGGGAAUAAAUAGUAGUCACUGGGGGUCAAAUCAGGGCUGUAUAUGGAGGCUGGUCAAUGGUUUCCUCUACCCGAAUUUGGCGAUGAGAUGCGGGCGUUUUCAUUGUAUAAACAGAUUUUUUUCGGACGUGCGUAAACAGAUCAGUCGACUCCUCCUUUUGUUCUGUAUAGCCCGAAGUAGUUUGGUUAAUGUCUCGAAGUACCUAAUCGGUACAACCUUCUGCGAACACCCUACACCACUUUUUUUAGGUUCAUACACCGUAUACGUCAGUCAACUGACAAUAAAUUUCAAUUGGGGUUGACUCUUUAAACCACAGAAAUCUUAUCACAGCUUCGAUUUUCUCUUCCUUUGUUAAAGCCACGCAGCGUUGCUAAUGUAAAUUUUGUCAGUAUCAUCUGUUUUCUGUUUAUUCAUAUCAUUAUUUUGUAAAUUCAAGACAUUCUUUUGAAAGCAAACGUUAUAGCAACGUGCUUCCUGCGAGCUAACACUAUUCUUCUAGUGGAUUUAAUGGAAAUUAUUUUUCUCUAUUUAAUCUAGUUUUCACAUUGUUUUUCUCGAGUAGAUCAAGUUUAAAUGUCAUACUUUUAAUAGCUAUAGCAGUUCUGGACGCAAACGUAAACUUGAUAAUUAAAUUGUUUCAGUAGAUCAAUAGAUUUAAAUCAAAAUUAGUAGACCACCUGGCAACCCUGAAGUCAAGACUGAGGUGGUGGGGAAAAUAAGAAACACCGUUGCCAGAUUUAAGUUAGUUCGCUUCACCGCAUUGGGUGCUCGUUAAAGACCUUAAUUUAUGGAGAACCUUCGUAUUUAAUAAACGAAAAAGUAACAGUUUCUUAAAUCAAUUUUGUUAAAUAUUUAGAUUUUACAGACAUGUUUGUGUCAAAAUUUAGAGUCCAAAUGGUGGCUCAACGCUUUAUAUUAGGUAUUCUCGGUAACGACAAAGUCAAAUAAAAAUAAUGUUAUGGAAAAUCAAAAUGUUUAUUUAAAAUUGAAGGUGUUUAGAUGAACGAGGUGUUAGUAGAAAAAUAUGCAAGAUGUUUCAUUUAAAAUAAGGGAGAUUUUGUGAUUUAAAGUUACGCUUCGAUAAAAAUAUUCUGUAUAAUGUAUAUUUUAUAUAGCUAUUUAGGUAUUUUUAUUUUUGACUUUAACUUUACUUAUAAUAUUCAAUAUAAACCCCAAAAUUAACAAAAAAAUACCUUUAAAGUAAUAAUAAAUAUAUGCAGAAAUAUGAAUACGUCAGAAUUUACAGUCAGAAUAUGACAGUUACAGGUUCUAAUAAAAAGCGCCAGAGUAAGUGGACUAAAAAUGAUCAGAUUGAAGAAUGCAUAGGGCAGUUUUUUAAGCAUUUAAAAUCAACUUUAUUUGACCAAAAAAAAAAACCCAAAAAAAACGACAACGUUUACGUUUAUUUAUCUGCAUUUUAUUAAAUGUUCACAUGCCAAUCUCCAGUCUAAUUUUAAGAAAUAUUUCUUAAUCUUGUCUUACUUAUCCUGCUUCCAAAAUUGCCAGAAUCGUCUCGGUACCUAUUAGUAAUAAUUACAGUCCAUCGUCAUAUUAUUAGAUCCAUGAUGAAAAUAAAAUUUUCAUGACACGUCACGGCUAUUUGAUCUUUGGGUUGUGUAUGUUUCCAAGUGGUAAUAAGUAUGUCGAUGGUUUUGGUUGUAGCUGGCUUUCACCCUAACUUGAGAUUUCAAAAACUCUUAGACGUUCUCGAUAAGGUUUGUGUCGGGCGAAUUUCCUGGCCAGUCAAGAAUAUCUACUUUUUUUAGCUAAAUAUGUUGCAAUUCUUUGGAUAGCAUGGCUCGUCAUCGUGCAUAAAGGUUGGCCUUUUUCGUUUCUCGAACCAUUUUUUCGGUCGAGGGAUCAGCUGGGUUUCCAAAACUUUCUGGAAUUUUUCAACAUUCGUUGUACCUUCGUCAAGGGCCCCUGAUUACUGAUUAUUACUGACCGUACCAUUACCGAAAGAGGAUGUUUAAUGGUCGGCAAAAUGCAAUCUGGCUUAUAAUUCGAUUCAUUUGAGCUUCGCCGUCCAAAGCUCUUUUUUUGCCGACUAAUUCUUGGAAAUUCGUUUCGUUCAAAAAAAGGGCAACAUAAGUACAAUUACAUAGCAUUUCUUAACAUUUUUCCAGUCAUCGAUUACGAAUUGUUUGUAUCUUUGUACCCAUUGGUAUCACUUUACUAUCAUAGCAGUUUAAUAUCACAGCAAACUCUUGAUUGCUUGCUGGUCUACGGCCAAUAAGACCUCUCUUCUGCUAACCUUAGUCGCACUGUUCUUUGCGAAACUUCAAUGCCGGCUUCAAAAACUCUUGUGACAAGUUUUAUUGGCAUUUUUCGAUUCAUAGCGCAAAUAUUGCGCAUUUGUCCCUUCUGUUGUGAUUCUCCGACGACGCAUGCACCUUUGCGUUUUGCUCUCAGAUCUUCACCAAGGUAUACUUUUUGUUUUAUGAGUUAUAUAAAACUUCGAGAAAUUGUGACAAUUCGUGCUUUUUGUUAUUAUAUUCUUGUUUUUAUAUAUUUGACGUUUUCCAUUCUGAAAUUGUUUUUUUGGCAUAAUAUAGUCUCAAAAUAUGUAAAUGUAGGUUUUGACAUGUUGUUUUGUAACGAAUCAACUCACCUGAAGGAAUUGAAAAAAGUUAAACCUGUGCAAACACCUAAAAGUGUUAAAUAACACUGUCAAACUAAAAUUUUGUCAUUUCUGUUAAAAUCAGCGUGACCAAUCGAUUAUGAGUGUUGCAAAACGAUAAAAAUUGCCCGCGAUAUUUAAAAACUCAAGAUCUACCAACACAUUAGUAAAAAAUUCAUAAUUCGAAAAAUUCAUCCAUUAUCCCAAAGAUGCUGGUCAUACACUUUUAUAAAAGGUAAAAAACACGAAAUCUACAUAUGCAUUUAAAAAAUUUACGAAGGUUACAUGUUUCGCUCGACUAGAGCAUCAUCAGACUUAAACAAUAAUUAAAAUUAUGUAACCCGAAAAAAGGAGAAUUCAACAAAAACUUACCAUAACAUACACAAAACACCUGACAUAUAUUUAUGGUUUUUGUUGAAUUCUUCUUUUUUCGGGUUAAAUAAUUUUAAUUAUUGUUUAAGCCUGAUGAUGCUCUAGUCGAGCGAAACAUAUAACCUUCGUAAAUUUAUUAAAUGUAUUUAUGAUGCUGUAGAUUUCGUGUUUUUUACCUUUUAUAAAAAAAUUCUUGUUGUUAUUAUCAACAAGGAACAUAUGAAAAUAGUAGAUUUGCAGCUUGGAUCUAAUAAUAUGGAAACGGUAGUUCUUUCAUUUUUGUUUCUAUAAUCAUGUAGUGUCGAUGAUGUUAACCUGUUAGAGAAAGUACGUGAAGGCACUCCCUUCGUUACUAAUACAAAUCAACCUAUAAUUUCUCUCAAAGACUGAAAUUCUGCUUGGGAAAUAUUCCGGUAAAUUAGAUGUUGAUGCAAACAGGUUAAAGGCUCAUUGCAGAAAGUCUGUCUUUUGAUUUCCAUUUGCAAUAGAAAAUUAACAAAAUGAUUCCAGUAAGAAUUGUGAGAAGUGGCCAAGCAGUAGAAAGGUAUCUUCUUUCUAGAUUAAUUGAUUAAGCUAAGUUAAACCGUGUAAUACAGCGUUCUGGAGAGAGAACUUAUAGCUCUAAAAUCAUCAACUAAAUGUAAGGAUGAAGUGCAAAACAUAACUGCAGGUUUCAUAUUAACAUAGAUAGUUUUGAACUUGAACUUGGCAUAUAUUGCACUUUUUGCAAGAUAGACUUUUGUACAAUUAGGUAUAGUAAGUUACUAUAUAAUUGGAGAUAUUGGAGGACAGUAAUAAAUUCGACAAGUUUUUUGUUAUUUAUAUCAAUCUUUUGUUCUUUAUACUUUUUAGUUAUAUACUUUUUUUUUAGACCAGGUCCAAAAGUCUGCCUGCCAAAGUCUUGUAUUAAAUUGAUACUUAACUCAUUCAUAACCUAUGUUUUGAGAAACUUUUUAAAAUAUAUCUAUGUACAGUUGGGUUGGGUUGGGUUUAACCUAAUCCUAAAUACUUAACAAAACCUAUUUGUCUUUUUAGCUAUUAGUUUUUCGCAUGCCAAAUCUAUUACAAAAAAGAUUGGAAUAUACGUAGAAUUCAUAAAUUUUCUUAAAUACAGAGAGUUCAUUAAGAAAAUGAACUUUUGUAGGACCCUUUUUGAAAACACUCUGUAUAUUGCAAAAGUGGCACGGUGUCGACAAAUAUUGAACUACUUCGCGCACUCGUUGACUCACCCCAUACAUUGUAGAACUUUAUUGUUUUAAGAGCAAAAAUUGUUUAUAAGAAAAUUGUUUAUUAUUAGUUCGUCUCUCUUUUUUGGCGUCCAUUUUGCAAUAAUAAUUAUCGUGCAUUAAAUACAUUUUAUUUUAUUUAAUUUAGUAUACGAAAUUAACUUUUUUUACUAAUUUUUGUUAUACUUUUUAAUUGUUAGUAAUUAAACAAGAACAACAAAAAAAAAACCUUUCAGUUGACGUUUUAGUUACCGUAACAAUUUAAAGCGGGGCGCACCGUCGUCGCUCCCUCAAAAAUAACUGUGAUGUAAAAAUUACGCAUUUACGAGACCAAACCAUUGAUCGGAAACCGCGCGCGGAGAUUAAUAGAAAUAGAAAAAUGAUGGCUAACUCAUUCCUUCCAUAGUGCUCAAUUAAAAUUGCGUAAUAGCGAAUUAAGUAAGGAGAAAUAAGAGGCCAACCAUUGCCUUAGCGUAAGGCCAAUACAAAUGGGUUAUCGCUAAUAAAAUAAUUCUUAUUUUAUGUGGGGUAAUACAAAAUUAGAUCGGUUAGGAAAGGCAAUUCUUUAAAAUAAGUAAAUAUUUAAAGCAAAUAAUUCUUUUUUUCUUUAUAAUUACUUUACGCGUAAAAGUACCGGGUGUCCCAGUAAGAAUGGCUCUCGACUGUAUCUAAGUAAUUCGUAUAUUUCUGCAGCAGCUAAAAUAAUGGAAUGUUGACUAAAGUUUGCCUAAGUAUAAAUUAUUACGAAUAAUGAAAUAGAUCUUUAUUAAGCACUUGGCUAUUAAGAGGUUGACUGCCAUGUUCAAAUGAAUCGGUUAUUCCAGAAAUAACGUGAGUCAGAAACAAUGGCGGCUCCUUCUUAGGGUCAAUUGGUCAAUGACCCCCCUAAAAUAAUUUCAUAAAAAUACCAAUUUUAUUAAAAAUGUCUUUUAUCUAAAACUUCACUGUGAAUUAUAAAAAUCUCUAAGCAGUCUGCAUUGGCAAAACAAAUAAAUAUAUUACUAACGUCGCGCCUCGCGCUUAUCACACAAGUCCGUGGCUGGGCCGUAUUUUAAAUUGUCCCUAUACAGUUCUUAUGGCUUAUGGAGAAAUGCAUGUAAAAUAGAACAAAGAGGGCAGAUUCGCAUUUCGUGAGCGGGAGUGAGAGUCACCUUUCAGUCCUAUAUCGCUAACGUAGUCGACGGCCCGACUGGAUGAAUGUUUUGUUUUAGUUAGUUAAUGUAUUUUAAACAAACUAAUCGUCGGUGUAAAAUUUUGCGGAGUUUUCGAAAUUGCAUUGCGCGGUCAUGACGAAAGUAACAGCUCCAAUAAUCCUGGAAUUUUUCUGGGACUUAUCGAUUUUGUUUCUGAACUGGAUUUAAUGUUUAAAGAACAUAUUGAAAAAAGUACAGUAUUUAAAGGAACAUUAAAAACAAUUCAGAACGAUAUUUUAGAAUCAAUGUUAGCCAUUGUACAUACUCAUAUAAUUAAGGAGAUUGGCCAGAAAAAUUUUAUGGCAAUUCAAGUAGAUGAGACCACAGACAGCUCCAAUAAAACGCAGAUGAUUGUCAUAUUACGAUAUGUAUUAACAGGUAUUGUACAUGAAAGAUUUUGGAAAUUUUUUAACCCUCCAGGUACCACGCACAACAUUUAACUAAUGUAAUAUUGGAAGAACUUCAAUUAUUAAAAAUUAAUGAAGCACCUGAAAAAUUGAUUGCCCAAAGUUACGAUGGUGCAUUAGUCAUGAGCGGUAAACUGGAAGGAGUACAAACAAAAAUUAAAGAAAUAUACCCAAAUGCACACUUUAUUCACUGCUAUGCCCAUCAACUUAAUCUUAUCCUGCAAAAAGCGGCGAGUCAAUAUAAACCGAUAAAAAUAUUUUUUGCAAAUUUACACGCAUUUUCGUCAGUUUUCGGCCGAUCUUCAAAACGUAUGAUGGUUCUGGAUAGAGUGGCUAAAGUAAGGCUACCUAAAGCUGCACUCACUCGAUGGGCUUUCAAUACAAAAUGUGUUGAAAUUGUAUACACUUAUAAAGAUGAUUUAAAAUCUUGCUUAGAGGAAAUUAUUGAUGAGGAGCAAGAUGGUAACAAUAUAAAUCAAGCAACUGGUUUAAAAAGACAUUUAGAAGAUGAGCUUUUUUUUUUGGUUAAAUUUUUUCCAUAAAAUAAUGCUCCAUGUUGAUAUAUUGUUUAAACAAUUGCAAAUGCAAGAUAUUGAUGCCAUAUCUGUCCAAAAUUAUAUACUGUCUUUUAAUAACAGUAUCCAAAUAAUGGAAUCAGAAGAACCAAGCACAUCAACAGCAAAAAAAAAAAGAAAAAGUACUACAACUACAGAGGAUCCAUAGCGAUGAACUGCACUGGAAAUUUGUGAUAUUAUUAUAUCUAGAAUAAAUCACUGGUUUGGUUUCAAUGAUCAUCUCAUGAUUUCACAGUUAUUCUACACAGAGAAAUUUGAAGCAUACACUACCAACUUUCCGCAAAAUAUUUUAAAUAUGGUGAAGGCUCAUUAUCGCACAGUAAAUAUUUCCAAACUAAAAUCGGAACUUGAAGUCAUAUAUUGUCGUGAGGAUUUUCGCAAUAGUGCCGGUGCAGUAGCCAUACUUUAGCUUUUUAUUAACAUGAAUUUGUCUGAAACAUUUUCUGAAGCAGUGAAAUUAUUAAAUAUUUUGUGCACACUCUCUAUGACAACCGUGGAUCUUUCAAAUACUUUAAAAAAUCAAUAGUUUGAUUUGUUUUUUUUAUUAGAGUAAACUGUAAGUUUUCAAACCAAAAUGACCCCCCUGAAGAUUGACCCGCGAGCCGCCACUGGUCAGAAAUGAUAGUUUUUAAAAGCAUUAUUCAUAUAAGUAAUUGCAUCAGUAGUAGGCCAUUGCCGCUAGUAGCCUUUGCCUAGGCCUCUGGUAUGUAGUCUAUUAGCUUGCAUAUACCUUCAAUCUUUUUUAUUAGUUGGUACUUUGGAUAGACUAGGAUUGUUGGUAAAGACUUUUAUUAUCUUUGAAUGGGGCUACUUUGAUUACAUUGAAAGUUUAUUUAUUUAUAUUUUAUUUAAUUUUAUAAACUAAAGAUUUAAAAAUUAAUCAUAACAUCGGUUUUAUUAAAUCUUUAAACCUGCGUUAAUAUUUUAAAUAAUUUCAUAAGUUUUAAGGUCUAGGAGUUACAAAUUAUAGUACAGCUAAUUUAGCAUCCAAAAGGACCUAAAUUGGAAGAGAAUAUCCCUGGUCUCAUAUUUUGGAGUAGAGAAAUAUUUUUUAGUUAAAAUGGUCCAUUAGAAAAGUUUAAUUUGACACAUAUGUGUAUCUCUCCCUCCCCCCUCUUCCAUUUUUGAAAAACGCCAAAAAGUUUUUUGGUUCAAUUAUCUGGCCAAUCCAUGAGUCUGUAACACCUACGGAACAAAGUUAGAGGGUGCUACAUGCGGUUGAUUUGAUUGUUGUCUUUUCCCCUUUUCAGGAGGAAAUAAAUAUUUUUUUACUAUCGCCAAGUUUUUUUAAUUAAAGAACAUGAAAAUGAAGUGUCGGUUGAAAAUCUUUUCUAUAGAUAAUAAUUGCGUUUAGAAGCUAGCAACGAAAAAAUUGUAAGUGAGAGGAAGACAAAAAAAGACUCGACAAUUUUUUUUCAAGUUUUCUUGGAAUGUAUUCCUUUGUUAUCUUUUUUUUUUCAGCAAAUCAAUGUUUGCAUUUAUUUUUCAAAACUUAAACUAGUCUAAUAUUCAUAUAUCUCAGAACUAGUACAGUAUUCACUUAUUGAAGAAGCAUAUGUGAUAUACAUUCAAUUAAUUUAACUAAUUUACUUUAAAACGCAUGGUCAUCGAUCGAAUCUAGACGCAUGUUCAAGGUAUUCCCUUAAAAAUUGCUUAUGUUCUAUUUUCGUGCCUCCAACUAUUCAUUUUGUUUUUUUCUUCAUUUUUCAAUCCUUCAUUCUUCAAUCCACGAAGGUAAUGUGUAAGUGCACUAUUGUCGGUUUCGAUUCCUUGCUAGUUAAAUACACAGUUGAAAAUGUUUAGGAAAUAAAUGUAAUAUAUCUCGCGAAUAAUGUAUCGUACAAAAAUCAGUUCCAUCUCAAUUUAGUAGUUUUUUUUGCAUGUUUUUGAAUGUAAAAAAACUUGCGACAGUAAAAUCAAUUUUUUCCUGAAAAGUGAAAAAAAUUGUAAAAACCGAGUUUUGGUGUUUUUUUUGCGUCGUCUAACUUUGUUCCAGUACGUUUUACAGCUUUGUUACACAAGACCAAAAUAGGAGAUAAUUUUUUUUUUAACAGAAAAUUGAAUCAAAAAACUUUUUGGCGUUUCUCAAAAACCGAAGAGUAAGGGGAUACACAUCUGUGAAAUUAAGCUUUUCCAAUUGACCACUUUCGACUCCCAAAGUAUGAGAGGGACCAUUUUUUUAAUGCUAUAUUGAGUACUAAUAUUUUAAGCUCUUACGAAGUUAAACCUUGAGGGGUUACUUUGAUCAUGUAUAACCUUAUGAUUUUGGCAAAGUAAUCCUUUUAUCGCUUUAAUUAAAACAAUAGAUAAAUAAGGUAUGUAACUGUAUUGUAAAAAAAAAACAUUAAAAGGUUAAGAAAACAUCAACUUAAAAUUAAAAAUUUAAAUUCUUUAAGUUUGUUUUGUGGAACUAAAAAAAGAUUAUAACUCGGCUUAUAAUCUUAUUCUUUUUUCUCUUAACUUUACUUAAAUAAUCUAUUAUAUUUUUAGGAAAUACAUGGCGACUCCUGUUAAUUAUUGGCUGUGAUAACUUAAAUUUAAUAUCGUUAAAAGAAAUAUCGCAAAUAUCCUCCACCACUGAAAAGCAAAUACAUUUUUCUUUGGCAUCUAUGAUCGCAUACAUUUUCUCGUAAAAGUGUCCUCAAUAAUAUUUAUAAUUUGAGCAACAAAUUUCCUUUGCGUUCGAUUUUUAGAAUCUUUAUCAUAUAAAAAUUCCACCAAACCAAAAAUCUUUUAUUAUACGUUUGUAUUUUAGAUAAACUUGCCUGAUCCGCAUCAAAAGAACAGUUUUCUAUGUUGGAACUAUCUACAUCCAUGGAACCAACGUCAUAUAGUUCCAUAUCGGAUUGUUCUUUUCCGUUAUUAGACGAUGAUGUCUCUUCGAGGAUUGUUAACACUUUUGCCUGCCUCGAUAUUUAAUUUCUUUUACUUUUUUUUCCUACCGCUUCGUCAUUAUUCCGAAAUAAACAUGCGGAAAACAGACUUUUGGAAUUGAGGUCAUUCUAAGAUUUUUAAACUUUCCCUCGGUUAAUUUAGUGCUCCAAGAGAUUUUCAUAUCUCUAAAAAAGGCCACAUCAAGCAGUUGAGUAGACAAACGAAAUUAAUAUCAUUUUCUGCUCAGCAUUUUCAAAUAUCAUCUAAAUGCGAUGAAAGAUUGUUUCCAAUUAUAAUCUUACGUACACGAUCUUUUUGCAUGAGUUAAAAGUGUUGUCAUGAACCAAUCUCGAAAUAUCACAUAGUCUAUCCAUCCGCUAUUUGUCCGAUUGUACCGUCUUCUACUUGAACAACAAUGAUAUGGCCACAUCAAUAGAGUUCUAAAGGACCACCCUCUUUCUAAGUAUCCUAUAAAUGUAUACUCUUAUAAAUUAUAUAAGGUGGCAAGAGUGUGCCAUUCGCCGAUCCGCCAACCAUUAUUGUUGUUGCACUUUUUGAAUAAUUACAAUUUUUUUUUUGGGGUAUUUUACGCCUCUUUUGUAUGUACCCCAUUUUUUUUUCGGGAUCAUCAGCCACAUUUGAUUAAUCGUAGUUAAAAAUAUUGCAUGGUGGAAUUCUUGUAAUGUUUUUUCUAAAUUGUCAAAGUAAGUAUUUAAUAUCUCUUUGGAUACUAUUCUGCCCUGCUUAGGCAAGUUGUCCUAACUGCUAAAUAGUAGUUUUGAGAAAUCUCUCAUUUUAAUGUAUUUGUAUGCACUUUUUUUACUUAUUUAAUCCGAAUAUUUUUUUUCUGAAAUAUAUGGUAAAAAAAUUAAACUAUACGUCAACUUAGGAUUAGGUUUAUUAACUCUCUUUAUUCUCCAAAAUAUUUGUAGUUUGGAGACAAUUUAAACCACAGAAAAAUACAAAAUCCUAAGCUCAAAUAUCACAAGUGAAAAACAAAUAAUAGCAACUCUAGAGCAUAAAACAACUUAGAUGACAAGGUACAUAUACAGGGUGUUGGGUUCAUUAUUUGCUAAAUUGAAUUGGCUGAAAGAAGAAGACAUUUUUCAACUCUACUUUCAGCCAAUUAAAUUUGCCAAAUGAUGCACCAAAGACCCUGUAAUUUUUAAAACUAUUCAUUUUCAGUUCAUGUCACCAGAAUCAUCAAUUAUUGAAAUUGGUAGAUUUUCCCAAAAGAAAAGCUUGUUUGGUGGUAUAUAAUCCUUUAAUUUACUGAUUAAAUUGUUGUUUCUAAUUAAAUUAAUUCCCUUAGAAGCAUUUCUUUGUUUUGGCGUGGUUAGCUGAUAUUUGCAAAACUUAGGCAAAAAUAUAUUGUCCAACUGCUUAAGUUCAUCAGAAAAUUUUUCUUUAUAAUAUAAAAAUUUACAACCUCUUUCAAAAUUUAUUUGAAUUAUAUUUUUUAAAUAAACGCGGUCAUUAAGUUUCUGUAGCUUCUGCUUUGAAGUAUAAUCAGUAAAAAUUAAAAAAUUAUUUGCAGUCAUUUCCAAGACAUUAACUUUCCUUGAAUUGGCAUUUUGAACUGAGUCUCUAAAAUCAGUAAAAUAAUAAACUUUUUUUAAAAUCUAAGACAAGUCGUUUUAGGAAUCCUUGCAGUUUUUCCAGUUAGGCCAAAAUGAAUAGUACUAUUUCGGGUAUUUCAAAUACACAUAAGACUUUCUCGUUUAGUAGACCGAAAGAUUAUUGCCAUUUACGUGCAAACCCGUCUUAACCUUAAAAACCAUUUUUUGCAGUUAGGACAACUUGCCUUAGCAGGGCAGUAUGGUUCGUGAUUUUUUAAUAUUUGUUUCCAAUCUCUGACCAAAGGACUUUUUAAGUCCUUUUUGUCGCCCAGGUUUUUUUGAAAUACGUUGCCCUAAACUUUUUAUUUCAGGGAGUCUUAAGUCAAUAAAGUUAAUAAAUCCCAUAAAAAUUUGUAUGCGGGACUAUUUUGAUCAGUGAUCAAAUUUAUCCCGCCUACCUCAAUCAAAGUCGCACCACGACAUAGUUCAAUUUUUUUCCAUAAAUAAAUGCUCUAACUUAUGUAUAAACAUUUACUGCAAAUACUUAGGGUACCAUUUGGUGCUCUUACUCUCAAACGUUAGAAAUCGCCUGAGAAAAAUCAUAGAUCGCCUUAUUAAGGCUUGCUUGAAUAUUGGACUUUGGUUCGUGUACAAUAGCACUAGACCAGUGGCGUACCGACAAUUUAAAGAAUGUCAAGGAAGUUUUUAUCAAAGUAGCUCCAUCCUACAUUACUCAUUUUAUGUUGUUAGUGACAAGACCAUUAAUAUUUUCCGAUACUGUUACAGUCCCUGGUUGGUUUGAAAAAUAAAAAAGGUGAUAGUUUAAAAUCUCACCACAUUUCAAAUUCCAAAAUAUUAUAUGUGUCCACCAUUUUAGCAACAAACUUUUUUUUUUUAAUUUAUGCUUUGUCCUUUCAAAUAUUGUACAAAUAAUAUUUGUCCUCUAAAAGCACCAUGUUUUGAUUUUCUUAUUUGGAAUGUCAAUGAGUCGUUAAAUGUUAUAAGUCUAUCUCCAACAGGAUAUUAUUAGUAAUUCAAAAUGGUUUCUUGGUAGGUUGGAUUUGUGUUAGGUGUAGAUCGAUUCCAAUGAUCUUUUAAAGUUGGGUUUCUGUCUAGUUCUAUCCAAAUAAUUACACCAAGAAAUUAUUUCAUUUCAGCCACGUCAGUAGGUGGUAACUGAAAUAAUUCAAUUUUUAGGAAACGGAUUAAGACCCCGAAGUUAAUUCCCUAUAUUUACAGGUACACCGAAAGAUUCCAAUAUAAAUGACAUCGAAUAUAAAAAUUGUAAAUUUUCUUCUCGAUGGGUUUUGAUGUUUAUCAAUUUGAAGAAAUAUCUGGCUUAUUAACACACAAAUUUCUGUUUUUUUUUGUUGAUACUUUGGAUUCUGACUCGCUGGUAUUUCCACUUCCUCAUAUUCUGGAUCGUUAUCCGAGUGAGCGGUAAAUGGUUGCAAUGUAAUGUAAUUCCUUUAUAAAGUAAAAUAUAUGGUAAGAAACGCUCUUUUAAACGAGAUCUCCUCGAUUACUCAAUUCAGAGUAAAUAAAAUAUAACUAAAUACAGAUCUAACCCUUCCCCUCCUCUUUAUUCUAGCAGAUAGGACAAAAUGGUUCAAACAAAAAAACAUACGAUUUGCUGAAGAUGAUGAUAUCCCUUUGCUAGACCAAAUUUUAUAAAUAUCUAUUUCCUUAUGCGCCAGAGUUUAAAAAUAGAGGAAAUUGAAAAUAAUAUAGACCAGUUUUUUUCGCACGCCAAACAGCUGUCACUUCCCGAGAGCCUUUUAUCAUGGGACACCCAAUAAAAAGGAGUCAAACUUUUAAUCAACUGACAGACUUAAAUCUCUAACACCUAGUUUUGCAUCACCCCUAUAUAUUAUAGGAAUUCCGAAUCAAUAAAUUUAAAAAAGCCUUAUUAAAUAAUCGUUUCUUUUUUUAACGUAUAAGUGGGGCGGGAGUCACUGCGAGUCAGAGACCGACUUAAGGAAUGUUUUAUUUCGUUAUAUUGUUAAUUUGUCUGUAAAUACAUCUUGAUCACCUUGUUGAGUUUUGCACGAUAUUUUUGCCACCCAGUGUGGCUAAAAUAUGGCAACUUUAUAUUUUUUGUAAAUACCUGAGAAUUAUUAUCGAUACAACAGUAAUACAAGUGCCAAACAGGGCAGAAGUAGUAAUGCAAUAUAGAAAAAUGUAGGUCAAGAAUAGUUUUUUCGAUUUUUAUCUCUUAAUACAAUUGCCCGGACUAAGACUAAAUUUCAGCUUCCAAUCAAUAAUAGUUACAUUUGUUUUUAUGAACUAGGAAACUUUAAAAUUUAAAUAAAGUUUGUGUUCAAUUUAAACUGAGUGACCCAGGAUAAAGGGAACACUAUAACUCAAAAAGGAGCGAAGUUAAAGAGUAUUUCCUUUAUGCUGGGAUAUCCGAUUUACCUAUUCAGUGGUUAAAAAAAAACAACCAUUGCCCUGGGCAAACUUAACUGAAUUCCAAAAUUAAAGUAGAGCAAUUAGGGCCUAAACACAAAAAAACUUAAUUAACAAAAAAAAAAAUGCAGCUGUAAAAAGGUGAUAGUGAAAAAGUCAAGUCUAGAACAAAGAAUCAGAAUUUUUGUAGAACGAUUUCCUUAAUAAGGAACAGUUUUUUUUUAGAACGUAUUUACUGAUAUAGUGAGAUUAACUUAAAAUCUUUGUACUGUAGGUAUAGUUGCUUUGACUACCCUGGCGGCCGAAGCAAAUGAUGAAACCUCGCCGUAUGUAAAUUGCGGCUUCGGUCGUCAAGGGUUAAGGACACAACAGGGAACUAUCCACGUUUGUUGUGUAAAUUAAAUUUAAAAAGAAUUAAAAUCAAAAUGGCACUAAUUUCCCGCUGCAGUGCACAGCUUAAUCCCCAUCGACGUCCAAUAACCAGAACCGUCUCAUUUUCUAACUGUGAAUUUUUGUACAUUUAGGCGCGUGAGACGCGGAAAUUUUUCGCACAAAGAUUUCCGCGUCAUUAAGAGGUUAUAGUAAGUUCAUUUUUUAAUGCCAAUUUUUCACGCAUACCACUGUCCCAAGUUCACGCUAUAAGCCUGCGCAUUAUUAUUUAUUUUUUUCAAUGUUCUGGGAGUGCAUUUAAAACCGAAAUUUGCCACGAGGGUUCUGUUAACUGCCCAAAAAAUAUGUAAUCGGGUUUGAAAGUUAGCAACGUUUGAGUGUUUAAAUGAAUUCCCAAACUCAGGUGCAGUCAGUAGUAUAGUCAAUCUGGUAUUUGAAAUUUAUAAAAGUCCUUUGGUUUAUCCAGUUGUAAGUGAGGAAAGUUUAAAAACGAAAUUGUACGCUUCCUUCCUUGCCGUUUUUUCGGAACAACGGAAUUUGAUUUCCUCUCUUUAUUUAUUUAAUUUACGGACCUAGUGUAAAUAAAAUAAAGAAUCACUAAUAAUUUAGACGAGGAAGAAUUAUCACACACAGUGUAACAUGAAAAUCAAUAGAGUGCAAUAUUUAUUUUUGUCAACAUUUUUGGUUUUAAAUUUUGUUUGCAUUAGUUUGUUACUUAACCGUAAACCAAAAAAAAAUUGACAAUGGAGGGCACUCUUUCUAAAAAAAAAUAUGACUACAUUUUUAAUGCAUUGAACACAUAUUUUUUUGUCGAACAUUGUAAACAUAUUGGUGAUGAACAUUGAACACAGAUAACCAGUUUUUCUACCGAGUUUUUUCAUCUCCGAUUGCUAGGCAAGCUUUCUGAAGCAUUAGCUCCAGCUUGGAGGGGCAAUCUUCAAAAUUCUGAAAAUAUCUGCUUUUAAGAGUUUAAAAUUUGUACUUUGGGAUCUUUCAUGAAGUAGUGGUUCAUAUAGUUGUUUGGCUUAAUGAAUUGUUGUUUUAAUGAAUUGUAAAAAAUCAAUUCUGUGUAGCCUGUAUGUAUUGGCACAAUACUGAUGGAUGAUUUCUCCAUUUAUUGAACACAUAUCCACAAUUCUGUAAAACAGAGCCAUAUGCCAGCGUUGCGUUCUUCUGCUACAGCAAUAUUUACUAAAUUUUUCAUUGUACAGCAUCCACUGCAGAUUUUGUGUCCUUAUAAAAGGUAUUAAAAUCUACGAAAGCGUUGUCUUCCUACUUGGAGUGAUGGAUCAAAAAAAUCAAAAUUACAACUCUAUUUUUCUUUGGAAGUCAAUGUUUUGUUUCACCUUUGACAAGACAUUUAGUGGGUAUUUCAGAUUUAUUUUUCUUCAUAAUAUCCAAGUAAGCAAUCUUGUUUUUGAUGGAAUAGUGAGUGAGCUCUAUUGAGGAAUAUCAAUUAUCACUGGUAAUAUUUCGCUAUAAUGUUGCUUCAAAAUAUGGGCUUACAAAGACGAACACUACUUUGCUUUGGAAUAGAAAACCGUUUUUCUUCUGCUCUAAUUGCCUUUAGUGAAACGGUGCCCUUGCCACAAUAAAUGUAUGUAUUGUAUAUGUAGUGGGUUCGAGCUUUUACAAGGCAUUGCACUUUUAAGUCAUAGUUUACAGGUUUGCUUAUUAAAUACAUUUUAAUUUUACAUCUUCCUCUAAAACCGGCCAACAUUUCGUAAAUAGUUGCAUUCGCUACUAAACUUACGAACAUAAAAUUUCUGAUUGCGAAUUUUAAUUGAAUUAUUUAAAUAUAUGUGAUAUUGCUGCAGGCGGGUAAUUUUUUACUCUAAAUAUUCCCUCUUCAUGAGUAUCGAAUCUCAGGCAAGCUAACAUUACCAAUCGAACGAUUCUCCGACCAGUCCCGUUUGUCCAAAAGAUUGAUUUAAUGGCCUUAUUAUUUGACUUAAAAGCAACAGUUAACAGCAAAAAACCCAGUCAACCGUUGACUGUGCGAUUUUCAUUACCAGGCUUAGAACGAAAUUCCUUAAUUUUGAAAUUUGUUUAAUGCAGAACGAUGUUCAAUGUUUUAUUUGAUGGCAAUCCAAAAAAAUACUGCGUCGAAGAGUCCUACGAACUUUAAGGUAUUUUACACGCACUUGGCUUAAUGAUAGACCGACGUCAACUAAACACAUGAUGGAGCCCUCUAUAAUAGGAAGGAGCAACUGAACGACGCACUCUGUUUGAUAAACGAAGGCGGAGUUUAUUAAGUAGUUCAUACUUUAUUGUAGUUUAUGUUUAUGCAGUCUGAGAGAUUCGGCAACACCAGUUAAUUAUUGUUUUGAAAAGAGGCCUUACUUACCAACGACACAUACAAAGUUGUUAUCUAAUUAACACCAUGAAAUUAUUUUGUUUGCUCUGUUACAACCAUGAUUUAUGUGGUGUCAAAAAUUCCCAGAUCUCUCAUAUCAAUACUCUUUCAAUAAAGUGAUAGUAACUAAAUUUACUUAAAUUUUUUGUACACAUUCUAACACACCAUUGUAAAAACGGUCUCAAUGAUACCUAGGCAACUAUACUGCAUUUGCCUGCUUUAGUAGACAUAAAAAUAUUUCUACAUCAACUGCAAAACUUAUCUGCGUACAGAACGUAUUUGCAAUGCUCACAAAUGUUGAUGUUUAAAAAAUGAGUGCUGCGAGAUGUAACCCUCUAGAACUCCAUUAGUGACAUGAAUUAUUUAAAACUAUUCCAAACUAAACAAACAUGACUCUACCCACUCCAAAAUUGACCUAUUGAAACCAAAGUCUUCAGUGAAUUUAAAAGAAGUCUGUGAUCUACUCUGUCAAAUGCCUUGGAGAAAUAUGUGUACAUGGUAAAACAUACAAAAUGUAUGUUAAACCAUUACGUUUAUUAUUACAACCAUUACAAUUAUCCUUCUGGAAGCGGCAGAAGAGAUAAAGUUAGAGAGGGGACAGAGUUAAGAGGGCGUUAACGAAAAAAUGUUUUUUGCAUUAUAUUAUGGAGGGGAAAAGAUUCAGCCUCGUUUGCAAAUUAAACCGCAGUUUUUAAGUCGGAGGUACGGCUUACGGUAUAUUCAGAAUAUAAAAUUCAGAGUUUCCCAAAAAUCGACAAGGAGAGAUACAUAUUUUCGUUUUUAAGUUUUUCUCAACUCAGAACCGCUGCAUGAAUUUUUAAAACCUUUUUGGAUGUCAGAUUGAGUGUACUACAGGGCGGUUAUGUUUUUUAAAUAUAAAAAAAAUAUUUAUUCUUGUAACUGAAACCAAUAUCAAAAUGUUGGAUUAAAAAAAAAGAGAAAGUAAUAUAUUCCGACUUUUAAAGCAAUAUUUUGAUCAAUGCAUUGUCUUGUACAGGGUCUCAGCUAAAUACUCUGUACUCUUAUAUUGUUUUAUGUAUUAUACUUACUUUUUUGUGUUGGUUUGUACUAUACUUAUUAUUUUUUUGUAUUCCUUAUAUUUAUUGUUAUGAAUACAUAAUUUCUUUUUUUUUUAAGUUAGCAAAGUAUGAUGUGGAAAACAAACUCUUUGUGAUAAAGGGUAUGUCGUUUAUGAUGAUUUGUUGAUAAGUGUUUUUUAGAUUAAUGUGGGGUGAAUGAUGACGGACUACGAAUCAUCCCGAAUUCCUAAGGAAUAACGACAAUGUAUUGCCAAACUUUCUUAACAGUGAUAAACAAUAAAGCACCAAUAACAAAGGGAUUUUUGGGAAGAUUUGUGAUCUGAAUAUCAAUAAAGUUCACCAACCAAACGAUGAAUCCCCACUGUUAAAACCGUUGCGUUUGUACAAAGGAAUAGUUGUUUAUAUUUAGGUUAUUAUAAGAAUAUUAAAAAAUAUUAAUAAAUGUCUUUGUAUAAAACAGA